GGUCAGGGAAAGCGAGUGGAGGACGCCAUGUGCUUGUGAGUGUGACAGAGAAACUGGCAACUUUGUGCUGUUAUUAGCAGCUAGGAUUUGUUUAUUUAAAAAAAAAAAAAACCAGGAAAGAAAAAUGUACUGCACUUUGCACUGCAUCCGGAACUCGCUGCGGAUAGCAGCAAAAAUACACCGGCAUCACCUGUCUGCACUGCGAGCGCUCCACUGUAGCCCCGCCCGUCUCUCUGACGCCUUGGUGACGCCGCCAUUAGACGGAGCGCCCAAGCAGUACUCGCCCAAAAUCCAGCAGUUGGUCAACGAUAUCGCCAGCCUCACCCUGUUAGAGGUGUCCGACCUCAACGAGCUGCUCAAGAAAACACUGAACAUUCAGGAUGUGGGGAUGAUGCCGAUGGCCGCCGCGCCGACCGCCGCAGCAGCUCCGGUGGCGGAGGAAGACGUUGUUCCGGCGAAAAAGGAGAAAACUCAUUUCACAGUGAAACUGACCGAGCUGAAGGCGGAGGAUAAAGUCAAACUGAUUAAGGAAGUGAAGAACUGCAUUCAGGGGUUAAAUCUUGUACAGGCUAAGAAGCUGGUGGAGUCGCUGCCGCAGGAGAUCCGGGCGAACGUUUCCAAAGACGAAGCAGAGAAACUGAAGGCGGCUCUAGAAGCAGCAGGGGGCACUGUGGUUCUGGAGUAGAUCCCCGCAGCACCACUUCGUCCAUCAUUACUCCUUUUUUUUAUUUUUAUUUUUUUUAAACCAUGAAGCUGGAAAUAAUUUUGGGAAACAGAUGUAAAGUGAUGUAUACCUGGGUGUGUGAGCUCUCAGACUGAACUCUAGCAGGCUGCAUGCUUGCGUUCUUUCACCACCCGGCCAUCACACCUCUGUCUGUCUGUCUGUGUCUGCAGAGCUACAGACAAUGUCAGAGUAAUAUGUCUGUCUGUCCGUCUGUCUGUUUCAAAGCAAUAGAGACGUGCGCCAUUUGUCCAUGGUUAAAUAAAUGUCAUACCGUAAUGUGGAAAAUGUCAUGAUAUGAGGGCCAGAGUCAGUUCAGUUCACUAAUGGCUUUUUUUCCCCUCUUAGAGAUUACAGAACACUCUCAAAGGUU